UUCUUUCCAGGUUCGACCUGCUGCAGAGCAACCGUCUAUUCCUGCGGGCUUGUGUUUGUCUGGAUCUGAUCUCUGGAGCUGAAACAUUUGUUUAAAUUGGUUGAUUUAUUGACCAAGAUGGGCUGCGCUGGAUUCACCUGCUCCAAACACUCCCUGUGCGCGCUCAACAUCCUCUAUGUUAUGGUGAGCCUGCUGAUGAUCUGCAUCGCAGCAUGGGGGAAGUGGUUCGGUCUGGUCUCCAGUUUCCAGGUGGUGGGAGGCAUCAUCGGUGUGGGCGUCUUCCUCUUCUUUGUAGCCCUGGCUGGCCUCAUCGGGGCCAUGAAGCAUCACCAGGUCCUGCUCUUCUUCUACAUGGUUGUUCUGUUCAUGGUGUUUAUUGUGCAGUUCUCUGUUUCCAGUGCCUGCUUGGCCAUCAACAGAGAGCAACAGGAUCGCCUGCUGGAGGUGGGCUGGAAUAACUCUCAGAGCACUCAGAGGGAUGUGGAGAAGAGCCUCAACUGCUGUGGCUUCAAACAGGUGGACCCCAACCUCACUUGUGACGCUGCUUGUUUCCCCAACCGCUCCUGUCUGCCCUGUGCAGAUAAGAUCCAGGAACAUGCUGGGGAGGUUCUUCACUUCGUAGGAGGGAUCGGACUCUUUUUCAGCUUUACUGAAGUUCUGGGGGUGUGGCUCACAUAUCGCUACAGGAACCAGAAGGACCCCCGAGCAAACCCCAGUGCUUUCCUGUGAGACAGCAUCAGCCCAUCUGCACUGUCACCUCACCACCUCUAUGGACCUUCUCUGGGCUUUAACUGUAGAUACAACACUGUCCUGUGUGUUUCCACUGAUUGUUGCAGUGAUGCUCUUUUGACAUGAUGUGUUUGGUUUGUCAAGAGUGAGAUGUGCUCUUAAAACAAGUGGUUGUGUGUGAAGGAACAGCACACAUGUUGCCUCCAGUGUGACAGCUCUGCCUAAGAAAGUGUCUAAACAUAUGCAGUUAGUACACUGAGGAGUUGUGGGUGUAAAAGAGGCAAUAUUGUUCCAGCAGUCUGUUGUAUAUUCCAAAAGUAUUCAUGCAGCCUGCCUGAUGUUGACCCUGAACACUGUUCUUUUCCCUUUGUUGCUGUUGUUUGUCUGCCUAACUGAAUGCAAUAAUGUCAACUACUACUCUGCAUAUUGAUAUGACUACAUUAUUUUGACCAUCUGUGAAGUAUGGAUAUUGUGUGWGKGUGUGUGUGUGUGUGUGUGUGUGUGUGUGUGUGUGUGUGUGUGUGUGUGUGUGUAACUGGUCUACCAGUGUGUCUUGCUCCUGGCUGCGUGUGGUACUCUUUUGCAAAUAUGAGCUACUAUGAGAGCUGUAAUGAUGUUUCUGUAAACAACCUGUUUGAGCCUUUGUACUGUACACCACAAUAAGACACCGAUGGAUAAAAAUACCUUUUUCCCUGGA